AUGAUGGGUUCACAAAGACGAGGCGUACGGGAAGGAAUUCCUAAUGUUAACCACGAGAGGGAACAGGAGACGUUUAUGACUACCAUGAACGCUGUAGCCGAGGCAGUGCGUGAGGAUGCAGUAGCAGCGGCUAGAGCUGUUGAACGUCUUGGGCAUGUUGCGGAAGGCCAACACGUGGAGUUUGCUACUUAUAUGCUGGAAGGAGAAGCUGAACAUUGGUGGCAGAGGAUACAGCGACUGUUGCAACAAGAUGAAGGCGAUAUUCCUUGGAAUACUUUUAAGGAUGAAUUUUAUAAGAAGUAUUUCCCGAGGGCAGCUCGUGACGCUAAGGAGAUGGAACUUAUGCAGCUGAAACAGGGUAACACAACUGUUGCAGAAUAUGCCCGUAAGUUUGAUGACUUGUGCCGUUUCUCCAAGAUUUGUCAAGGGAAUCCUGCUGACUUUGAAGAAUGGAAGUGUUUGAAGUUCGAAAAGGGGCCUUCGUGA